UGAAGGCUGAAUUAUUCCUGACUCCCUGGAAUGAUGGGCGAUAUUGUAGGGGUCUCCUCCAGUCCUAAAUGAGCCGCUUAAUCUUUUAUAUGCUCUUCUGUACUGUUUGGUUUAAUUUGAAAUCAGCGGAGGGUUGAAGCUGACCGUCCGACUGAGGAUGGAAAGUGGUCGGCAAUGAUAGGGUUAGUGCCUCUCUCUCUCUCUCUCUCUCUCAGUACUUCCCUCCCUCUUUCUCUCCUUUACCUCUCCUAUGUGGGUCCUCGCUGACUGUUUAUUCCCAUUCUUCCCUGAAUCCAUCAACCGCUCGAACUUAACUACGGAGGGUUUGCAAACAGCUGUUUCUGGCUCGCCAUCUCCUUCUCUCUCUCUCUCUCUCUCUGGGAGUGCUGGACCUGAUGCCUGGCAGCUUGUUCUGAGAGAGCCUGGGGUGGGGGGUGGUCAGCUCCCGACCCUGGGAUUGAGCGCCCCGGGAGUUCCUCGCCUCUCCCAACCGGACUGUAGAGCUGUUGCAGGGACGCGGUUGGAAUCGGGAAGGAUAAUGCAGCGGCUGUUUUGCAGGCUCCUGAGCGUCGUUUCGUUUCUGUGCCUUCUGGAAGCAAACGGUGGCAUCAGACCAGUGUCCUCCAGGGAAUCUGACACCAAGUCCAGCAACAGACCAUCGUCAUCACCCUCCGAUUUCCUUGACAAACUGAUGGGGAAGACCUCGGGCUACGACGCACGGAUCCGUCCCAAUUUCAAAGGUCCUCCAGUGAAUGUCACUUGCAAUAUUUUCAUUAACAGUUUUGGUUCAGUGACUGAAACGACCAUGGAUUAUAGACUCAACGUCUUCUUACGGCAAGAGUGGAAUGACCCUCGGUUAGCGUACAGUGAGUACCCCGAUGACUCCCUUGACCUUGAUCCUUCCAUGUUGGACUCCAUCUGGAAGCCAGACCUGUUUUUUGCCAACGAGAAAGGGGCCAAUUUCCACGCAGUGACAACAGACAACAAACUGCUGCGGAUCUUCAAAAAUGGCAACGUGUUGUACAGUAUCAGGCUCACAUUAAUCCUCUCAUGCCCCAUGGACUUGAAGAAUUUCCCCAUGGAUGUCCAGACAUGUGCCAUGCAAUUAGAAAGCUUUGGUUACACAAUGAAUGAUUUGAUAUUCCAGUGGCUGGGGAAGGAGUCAGUCCAGGUAGCGGAGGGUUUAACACUGCCACAGUUUAUCCUGAAUGAUGAGAAAGACCUGGGAUAUUGCACCAAGUACUACAACACAGGCACGUUCACCUGCAUUGAGGUCAAGUUCCACUUGGAGAGGCAGAUGGGUUAUUACCUCAUCCAGAUGUACAUACCCAGUCUCCUCAUUGUCAUCCUAUCCUGGGUCUCUUUCUGGAUCAAUAUGGAUGCUGCACCAGCACGGGUUGGUCUUGGGAUCACCACAGUCCUCACCAUGACGACACAGAGCUCAGGUUCCAGGGCUUCACUCCCAAAGGUCUCCUAUGUUAAAGCCAUCGAUAUUUGGAUGGCUGUCUGCCUCCUAUAUGUCUUUGCCGCACUACUUGAAUAUGCAGCGGUCAAUUUUGUAUCCCGACAACACAAGGAAUUCAUGCGGCUUCGGAAAAAGCAGAGGCGAAGACAGAUUGGACUAGUUCACCGAACCGAAAGUGGUGAUUCGCUGGGGCCUGAGUAUGGUCUGAGGAGCAGGGAGCCAACCUUUGGGACUCUGACUCAGUUCUGCAACCUAGGCUUCAGGCAGGAAGAGGACCAGCAGAGGGACAGCCGUUUCUACUUCCGUGGCUAUGGCCUGGGGCAUUGUGUGCCAAUGAAGGACAAUGUGGAGCUGGACGGGACCAGCCCAUUCAACUCUCAACCUCCCCCACCCAGAGACACAGAGUCCAUCCGACAGAAGUUUUUGGACAGAGCAAAACAGAUUGACAGGAUAUCCCGUGCCGUCUUUCCACUCACAUUUCUUGUAUUUAAUAUUUUUUACUGGCUCACAUAUAGAAUCAUCCGUCAUCGGGAUAUCCAUGAGGUUUAAAUCAGUGCCGGUGAAUUUAUUGCUGAAGCAAUUUGCUACACAAAUACAUACAGUCAGACAGGGUGAAGACACACAUGGAGACAUACAUACAUGCAUGCACAUGCAGUGAUACACACAAAUUACACAGACGCAACACAUAAAUACACUGUUUUAUAUGCGCGUACACACACACACCAAGUAACAAGAAUGGUCUGUCUCUUUUCCUGUUGGUCCAUCAUACUGCAUCCAACUAUGCUGUGUCUAAAGAGAAAGUCAGGUACAUUGAUCACAUUGUGUCCCUGGCCUACAGUGUACCCAGUUAUUCUUAUGACAAUCCAUAAGCGACAUUCCUGUUUCGGGAUUGGUUCCAGCACAGAAAAAGGCUCUUCAACCCAUUGAGUCCUUGUCAGCCCUCCGCAGGAGCAAUUUAACUAGACCCAUUUCCCUGUUUUUCCUGUACUCUAUUUUAGAUUUUAGAUUAGGUUAUCUACAGUAUGGAAACUGUACUCUUGCACACUAUUUCCCUUCUGGUACUUACCCAAGGUUAAACUAUCAAAUCACCCUGUCAAGAUAUUGAUACAAUCUGUCCAGCCCUCAGCACAACUGAUCCCUGUGUUCCGGGAAGCGAAAGCUGUCGCUCUUGUACCAUCUCUUCAGCCAUUCCUCUGCAUUGACCUCCUAGCCUAAGGUGUGACACCAAGGAUAAACUGAAAAGCAUUACUUCUUAUAGGCCUGACUAUUUCCUCUGCAAACUCUCUUUUUUUUUCGAGUGAUGUCACUGGUACCAAAGGUACCAAGGACCUGACACCAAGGGCCUAAUUUUCCCACCUCUGCAGCCAUUCACUAGUUACCAGUGGAAGGGAGGCAACUCACCAUCCUGGAUUUACAUCUGUGACCACAAAAACACUUGCACGUUCCUUAACAAAUCAUGAAAGGUUUAUGGCGUAGGAAGACGCCAUUCGGCCAAUCGUGCCCACACUAGCUCAUUAAAUGAGUAUGAUUAGCUUGUGGCAAUUUCCUGCUUUUUCUCCAUGCCCUUGCACAUUAUUUUGAUGAAGAUAACUAUCCAAUGCCCUCUUGAAUGCUUCAAUUGAACCAAUCACCACCAUAUUUCUCAACAGUGCAUUUCACAUCCUAACUAAUCGCUAAGUGGGAAUGGGUUUUUUUCUCACAUCACCCCUGCUUGAUUUGCACAUCUUUGCCCUCUCAUGCUUGAUCAUUUUAUGAGUGGGAACAGAUUAUGUUGUCCAGCCAAGGAAGAUUUUGAAAACAUGAAAUUAUAUCUCCUCUCAGCAUUCCCUUCAAAAAGAACAGUCCAAAUUUCUUCAAUCUAUCCUCAUCACUGAAGUUUCUUAUUCAGGGAUGCAUUUUUGUAAAUUGCUUCUGCACUCUUUCCAAUGCAUUUAUAUCUUCACUAUGAAACAUAAAAGUUCAGCUGAAGUUUAACAAAUGUCUUGUACAACAUUAUUAUUAUUAAGCAUGAAAUACACCUGAGAACCUCUUCACUACUUUUCAGAUCCUCCCUGAGUGGAAAUCAUCAAUAUCCUCCCUGUCUGAAUUACUUUAAGCUAUGAAGAGACCACUUUAUGAAAUGUGCAAUCCAUGUGAUUUUACACUGUCUUCCUGUAUAACUCUACAGAGUUCACAGGGGCUAUGGAUUAUGUAAUCAGUACAUGCCUACAAAAAGUUUCUUUCAAAAAUCCCUUCAUGGGACAUCACUGCUUCAUCACCCAAAGGGCAGUUAAGGGUCAACCAUAUUGCUGUCGGUCUGGAGUCACAUAUAUGCCAGGCCAAGACCACAGAUUUCCUUCCUGAAAGCAGAAAUAGUGAACCAGAUGAGAGCUUAACAACAAGCAACAGUGAUUACACAGUCACUAUUUAAGGUAGCUUUUUAUUGAAUUUGAAUUUCAAUAGCAGGAUUCAAACUUAUGUCUCCAAUCAUUAACCUUAGGUUAUGUAUUACUGUAUUACAUAGAUAUUACCACAAUGCCACACCAUUUCCUCUUCCAAACAGCUUGGAAAGUUCUUUGGAGACAGAAAGGACUGCAGAUGCUGGAAAUCAGCAUUGAUAAAAUGUGAGCUGGAAAGGCACAGCAGGUCAGGCAGCAUCCA